AUGGGGUUCGUUGUCGUUGCACCGCUGCACCAGCGGUUGCACGGAGCGACCGGCACUAUGCCGUACUUUCACGGUGGCACUUCUGAGGUGCUCCAACCGCGCGCUUCUGCACUCGAUGAGCCGCUUCCGCACGGUUCCACGGCUCGAGGGCGGGCGCCAAGCUCCUGCACUCGUCUGCCUGUGGUGUACGCGUCGGAGCACUUGCUUGUGGUCGACAAACCGGCCGACAUGCGAAUGAGUGGCGCAGCGUUCACGUCCACGGUCGAGUCGCUUGCUCAGAAACAGAUCAGUGAACGGGGUUCAGCGCUCGCGGAGCGGGUCCAACCGACCGGUUGGCACCGGGUCGGGCACCUUCGCGCGCCGCUGCCGCCCCCGAAAAUUCGCAUGAUCCACCAACUCGACUAUGCUACAUCUGGGGUGCUGCUCCUUGGUUUACAGCGAAGAGCGACGGCUCAGAUCACAGCCGCCUUUCGGAAACGCGAGAUUCGGAAACGAUAUCUUGCAAUUGUUCACGGACAUGUGGUGCCUGGUGAUGCAAACGCACACUUCUGGAUAGAUGCUCCACUUGUAGAGUAUGCGGACGAUUUUCGGGUGCGUCUGGCUACGGUCGACGAUCAUACGGCUCAUGCAAGUACCGAGGAUUCCAGGAACAGUUCGGAUACUGGCGAAAUCAAAAUAGACCCCGGGUGUGCCUGCCGUGCUGGCUCUGUCUCACGCAAGAGCAGCACCGGCAUUCGCGGCUUUGCGGAAAGCCGGGUAACCGACUCGUAUUGCGCUGUUCCCGAGUGCGACGGCGACAGACGCCAUGCAGAUGCCGUAAAGCUGCGACCAUGUCGACAACUACAGCCAGCACCAACCGCCACGACGAAAAAGAUCUUUAGUGCACUGACGCUGGGCACAGUACUGGGGAUCGGAAGCUAUCAGGGUUUGCCUGCUUCGCUGCUCGAGUUGCGUCCUGUAACGGGACGGCGGCAUCAGCUGCGGGUUCAUCUUUGGUGUGUAGGUCACGGCAUCGUCGGGGACGCGACCUAUCCGACGUUGCCCGACGAGGACGAGCGCUUUUCCCGAAUGAUGCUUCACGCAGCUGAGCUCGAGCUGCCUGCGUACUUACAGCAUCGUUUGCAGUUGCCGGGUCGAUUUGUGGCACCAACACCUUCUGCCAUGGCCGCAUUUCAGGGCGCCGUUCUCAAGUCUUCAAGCAGCGAUGUAUGGGACCAUGAAACAGAGGGCAAACUCGGGCAUCAUCUAUGA